AAGUGCAUGGUAAACAAAUAGGAACCGAACACUCAUUGACGUAUUGGAAACAAAUAACUGAUAAUGCGAUACAAUUUAUACCAUUCAUAAUGAAUGGUAAAAACGUAUCAGAAGAAGAGAUUCAGUACGAAGUCAGCUUAAAUAUUUUAGAAGAACAGAGAUUUUACCUUUGCAAAUACCUCGAUCCUCAAAAUCACUUUGCUUACUUGAGAUCUAAGCAUCUCCUGACAGCGGAGGAUGAGGAGGUGAUAAAAUUUCAAAUAUCAAGAAGACAACGAGCUGAGAAAUUCCUGGACAUCUUGCUCCAAAAGGGACCAAUGUGUUAUAAGGGACUAGUGGACGCAAUUUUAAAAAAUGGAACACAGACUUUCUUGGUAACAAAACUUAACCAGGAAUACGAACGAAAAAAGAUACAUUUGCACAAUUUACUGACAGGUAGCAAACCUGUAGACCCAAAUGCAAAUAUAGAUGUGGAUCCAAAUUGUUUACCAGAGCCAAAAACAGGGACAUUGUUUUACCAGAGAAGUGAAAGAACUCCUGUGGAAACACCAGAAAGUGAACCGUCCUCUUUAACAACAGACAAAUCAAGCUAUAGAGAAGAAUCACAAGCAUAACUUAUAGGGUUUUUUAGACAUAUAAUACUAUGCUUCAUUAUUCGUUUUGGCUGUUAUUUGUCUGGUAUUGGAUCAUUUUAGUUUUUUUUAAACCAUAACUUUCAGCUGGUGUGUCUCUUAUCAGGAUAUAGUGAUAAUUAAUGAAAUGGAUUCUUAUAUCAGGGUUAGAAGACUGUUAUUUGAACAAGAACGAAGACCUUUUUUUUAAUUGAAUAUGGUUGCUUUUUCUUGUUUUCGAAAUCCUUUUAUUUUCGAGUUUUGUCUGACAGUGUAAAAAAUUGGGGAUUUUUCUCUAGGCAGUACAUGCUAGCCGGAUGUUUACUUAUAAUCAAUCCCUCUUAAUCUAAUGUCAGUGUUUAUCGGUGGACAUUUUUCAACUCUUCUCGCCAACAUCGUAGGCUUCAUGUUAGCUUCAAUAUGUUUAAGGUACAGAAAUUGGUACGUCAGUGAAUUAGAUGUCCUGAGAUAAAAAGGCCUUUAGAAGCUGUACAUACUUGACAGAUAAAUGUCUGAAAUGACCUACUUUUUCCCUCCAUAAAAACACUUAGUCGAAUUUAAUUAUAAGAUUUCUACCCAUUACAGUUGUUAUAUGACAAAAGUGAUAUGCGUUUUAUUACUUUAACAUCAUUGUGCUGUGUGAUGAAGUAUAGAACAUAAAUGCACAUAAUUUUCGAAAAAAAUACAGAAUAUUUAACAGUACGUGUAAUAGUUUUCAGAAACAAAAAUUAUGUUUACUCCAGGUAACAGCCUAUACAAAUUCGCGUUUUUCCAUCUUUUUGUAGAAUUCAGAGCUGUAUUGUAUGUAUCCAUGUUUGAUCUUCAAGUUAUAUGGUUGUACUGUCACUCCUGAGGUAGAUAAGAUUCCUUUUCCCUGAAAAUAAAACAUUACUGCCGACAUAUGCAUACGCGUAUCUUUUAGUUGUAGAUGCCCUGAUACAUAUAAGUAUAGAAAUGACUACGAUAUUUUGAUAAUUCCCAUGGCAUGUUUAGAGGUUGUGAAUCUUUUUUUCUGUUAUGUAAUAAAUGUGUCCCAGUUAGAAAAAGUAUUUAACUGACGGCUGCCAGAUAAUUAUGUGGAGGUUGCCAUAUAAUUUUUUGGCGGCCGCCAAACAAAUAGUUCUGGCGGCCGCCAGAAACUAAUCUGGCGGCCGCUAGAUAAUUACAUACAAUUAUGGACUCUUUUGGUGGUGAAUAUGGUUUGUUAUUCACCAGAAAAAUAUCAAUAUUGACCGAGGCGAAGCCGAGGUCAAUAUUGAUAUUUUUUCUGGUCGCCAAUAUAUUUUUUCUACCUGGCACCUACCGGCUUCCGUAGAUUUACCUGUACCUUACAGGAAAAUGAGGGUGAUUUCAAUCUGUUAUGAUGUAAAUACAAUUUCACACUAAAACCUGUCGAUUGGAAUACUACAAGUUAUUAAAUUAAAUUUGCAAUCAAAGAGAAUAAAUCUUUAUUUCUCUAUGCGUUUAAUUGCAAUGUUUAUUAUUAAGGUUUUUUUUACAUAGUCAAGACGAUAUAGUAAACUAAGAUUAGCGCACCAUGCUUUUAAUGUACAAUUAAAUAUAAGCAAGUUAUUUCAACUCCUUAAAUUGAAUUUUCUUCUCUUUUUUGAGCAUUUAUGCGUUCAUUGUUUAGACUGAUUAAAAAUGGCAAUACUUGUAUAAUUUUCUUUACAUAUGAUACUCUGCAUGUACGUUGAUGCAUAUUUGUUAUAUGAAAGCCGCUAAGUUUAGUUAAAUGAAUGGAUGUAUUAAAUUUCUUGACUUCAGAUAAACUUUGGUGUAAAUUUG